ACCAUAAAAUUUCCAAACCACCCUCCCCUCCUCUGAACCACAGCAUCAGAAUCCGCUCCAACGCAUUCGCGGAUUUCACAUUCCCUUCAAAAGCGAUAUCAGGAGUAAUUUUAGUCUUCUCCAUAGUUUUAGCCCCGAAGAUCUCUGAUACUGUGAUGGCUCUUCGGAUCUCUCUCUCUUCUUCUCCUGCUCCUCGAUGCUCUCCUUCUCCUUCUCCUCCUCUUCCUCCUUCGUCUUCGUCUCUUUGUCUCAAUCCGGCCUUCAAAUGGGCCAGCCGGAGAGCUACGGGAGUGGCCGACUCGGGGUUGUCGAAGGCCGCCGCCGGGCGAGGGGGGAGGGCGCUGAUGGUGAGGUCGUCGAGCCUGGAGACGGAGGCGCCGGCCGUCGGGCAGGUGACUGAUGUCAACAAGGACACCUUCUGGCCUCUUGUGAAGGCCGCCGGCUCCAAGAUCGUCGUUCUUGACAUGUACACCCAAUGGUGUGGUCCUUGUAAGGUGAUCGCUCCUAAGUUUCAAGAAUUGUCUGAGAAGCACCUUGAUGUUGUAUUUCUGAGGCUUGACUGCAAUCAAGAAAAUAGGCCCCUCGCUAAAGAGUUGGGUAUAAGGGUCGUCCCGACCUUCAAGAUUCUCAAGGACAGCAAGGUUGUAAAGGAAGUAACAGGGGCCAAAUUGGAUGAUUUAGUUGCUGCAAUUGAGACAGCAAAGUCAAGCUGAUAUUUUUCAUAUUGAAAUCGGGCCCUCCAGAUAAUCAAAUCUGAGUAUGCUACGGAAGAAUCACUUAGAAAAUUUAUCUGGAAUGGUGUUCCUUGGCUGUAAAGAAUGGGAUAUGCUACUCCUAAUGAUACAGAUAUGAAUAGUACUAAAAUAUGUUCACUUUACAUUUUACUACAGAUUAAGAAUAUGAUGCACCAUCAUUUCUCUCU